AUGAUUAAAUACAAUACGGGCCUUCUCUUACCCAACAGGUUCCACUCCGCGUCGACUCAUCGCGACCGUCACACACACACAAAGGCCUCGCUCGAGACCCUCUCCUUGGCUUCGCUCGUUGCGGGUUGGCCGAUGGAGACGCGAUGGUCUCACGCUGAAAGGCUCCAUCACGCCCUGGUAGUGCGAUUCGGGAGUCGGCCGGCCACGGGUAACAACGGCGUUGUCCAGGGGGUUUGCCUGUCGACCAAGAGCGAUGUGGGAAAUGGAGCGUGGGGAUCAGCAGCUGUAGCAAGCAAGCAGGCAAUGACAUGCCAUUCCGCUGCACGGCACGUCGACGCCCUCGCCGCCGCCUGCAAGAUCAAAGUCUGCGAGUCCUCCCACGCCGCCGCCCUCGCGCCACCCGAUUCCCACCGAGCUUGGACCGAGCCCUUUUCGUCCUCCUCUCUUUUUUUCCCUGGAAAAUCUCCGAUUUUUCUCUCCGCAUGGCCAAUCAUGAUGGUCCAAUUCCUGCAGAGUCACGGCACCCGCAAGCUCUGCCCAGCUGCUGGGCGGGUAGAAUUUUUCUCGAACAUUUUUCUCACCACCAUUGUCCAUUUUCAGCUAGAGAUAACAAGCUUCUUCCAACCGAUCCUAUUGAUGAGCUUGUCGGUCUUUGCCAAGUUUGUCUCGACUCUGGGCAGUCUGACUCUCUCGUUCCUCCAGCUCGGACAUGUCCCCCCAAACGAUCGGUGUACCCCGGCCGCCGAGGGCCUUGUACUAUUUGCUGUCGUUGUCAGCCCUAUGACGCCCAAGAAGCCUUGUACGCCGCGCCUUGGAUUUCGUUCCUUGGUCUACCUCAUUUGGCGUUUCCGCCCGGCUCCAACAAGUCUGAUGAUGGACCGCGGGCGCGGCGUUCUAGCGACUAGCGAGGCGAGAGGAUAUUUGCCCCAAGCUCCCAUCCCAACUCAUCCCAUCCCCAAGCUCGAAAAUUUCUUCUCCCUAGUUUUCAUUACGUCUUUUUGUGGAAACAUUUGCAGAAUUUUUCUCACGAUCGGAGCGGGCCGUCGAGACACUCGAGAUUUGAUGCUGAGAGCUCAGAGAUAA